AUGGUAGGCAAGGACUGUGUCGCAAUCGCCUGUGAUCUUCGACUCGGCAUGCAAGCCCUGACCGUCUCCAACAACUUCCCCAAGAUCUUCAACUAUGCUCCUGGAACAUACCUCGGCCUGACGGGCCUGGCCACCGACGUCUCAACCGUCUCAGAUCUCUUCCGCUACAAAGUGAACAUGUACCGUCUCCGCGAAGAACGACACAUUGCUCCCCAAACGCUCGCCAACCUCGUCAGCUCAUCGCUCUACGAGAAACGCUUCGGCCCAUACUUUGUCAGCCCUGUGAUCGCGGGUAUCAACAACACAACAGGGAAGCCAUUCAUUUGCGGAUUCGACAGCAUCGGGUGUAUUGAUUUUGCGAAAGAUUUCAUUGUCAGCGGAACAGCGAGUGACCAGCUCUUUGGUACCUGUGAGGGUUUGUGGGAGCCGGAUCUGUCUCCCGAGGACCUGUUCGAAACCAUCUCCCAGGCACUGUUGAGCGCUGUCGACAGAGACGCUCUUUCCGGUUGGGGUGCCCAGGUGUACAUCAUAGAGAAGGACAAGGUGACUCAGCGGCUACUGAAGGGACGGCAAGACUAG